CGGCGGUCGCUCGCUGCUGGGCCGCCUCGGUGGAUGAGCUCGGGCCGCUGGGCGAACAGCCUGGGGCAGCAUCGGCGGCGGCGCCUGGAGGGGCGCGCGCUCUCCAAGAAGGCGGCGUGUGAGCGCGGCCGGGCGCGGCGGCCUUUCCUCGCGCGUCCCAGGCCCCGGCCCCGCUCGUCCCCGGCCCGCCUGGGCUACGGGCCCGGCCGCCGUCCUCACCGCGGCUCCCCUGAGCUCGUCCCUGACGCGCGCCCGGGCGGCGGGGCUCCGCGGCCGCCGCUGCCUCGGGGGAGCGAGGGCGGAGGGCGUGUGUGCGCGCGUGUGAGCAGGGCGCCGGCGGGGCUGCAGCGAGGCACUUCGGAAGAAUGACUCUGGAGUCCAUCAUGGCGUGCUGCCUGAGCGAGGAGGCCAAGGAAGCCCGGAGGAUCAACGACGAGAUCGAGCGGCAGCUGCGCAGGGACAAGCGCGACGCCCGCCGGGAGCUCAAGCUGCUGCUGCUGGGGACAGGGGAGAGUGGCAAGAGUACCUUCAUUAAGCAGAUGAGGAUCAUCCACGGGUCGGGGUACUCUGAUGAAGACAAGAGGGGCUUUACCAAACUGGUGUAUCAGAACAUCUUUACAGCCAUGCAGGCCAUGAUCAGAGCUAUGGACACUCUCAAGAUCCCAUACAAGUAUGAACACAAUAAGGCUCAUGCACAAUUGGUUCGAGAGGUUGAUGUGGAGAAGGUGUCUGCUUUUGAGAAUCCAUAUGUAGACGCAAUAAAGAGCUUGUGGAAUGAUCCUGGAAUCCAGGAAUGCUACGAUAGACGGCGAGAAUAUCAGUUAUCUGACUCUACCAAAUACUAUCUGAACGACUUGGACCGUGUGGCCGACCCUUCCUAUCUGCCUACACAACAAGAUGUGCUGAGAGUUCGAGUCCCCACCACAGGGAUCAUCGAGUACCCCUUCGACUUACAGAGUGUCAUCUUCAGAAUGGUCGAUGUAGGGGGCCAAAGGUCAGAGAGAAGAAAAUGGAUACACUGCUUUGAAAACGUCACCUCGAUCAUGUUUCUGGUAGCGCUUAGCGAAUACGAUCAAGUUCUUGUGGAGUCAGACAAUGAGAACCGAAUGGAGGAGAGCAAAGCACUCUUUAGAACAAUUAUCACAUAUCCCUGGUUCCAGAACUCCUCUGUUAUUCUGUUCUUAAACAAGAAAGAUCUUCUAGAGGAGAAAAUUAUGUAUUCCCACCUAGUCGACUACUUCCCAGAAUAUGAUGGACCCCAGAGAGAUGCCCAGGCAGCUCGAGAAUUCAUCCUGAAGAUGUUCGUGGACCUGAACCCCGACAGUGACAAAAUCAUCUACUCGCACUUCACGUGUGCCACAGACACCGAGAACAUCCGCUUCGUGUUUGCUGCUGUCAAGGACACCAUCCUGCAGCUGAACCUGAAGGAGUACAAUCUGGUCUAACCGUGCCUCCCAGAACCCAUUCUUCCCUUCCCUGUGGGCUGUUGAAGAUAAACAAGAGGGACUGUAUUUCUGUGGAAAACAAUUUGCAUAAUACUAAUUUAUUGCCGUCCUGGACUCUGUGAGCGUGUCCGCAGAGCCGUAGUAAAUAUUAUGAUUUUAUUUAAACUCUUCAGAGGAAACCGGAUGCUGAAGUGCAGUCCCAGCACACUUCCUCUUUUUUUAGGCAAACCUCGACUCGACGUAUUUUAAAUUUUCAGUCAUUCACUCACAGUAUAAAAGCACUCCUGUCAUUCAUUCAUUCUCUCUCCCCCUCUCUCUUCUCUCUCUUCCGUUCCUUUCCUUCUUCCUCCUUCCCUUUCCUGUUGACCAAAACAAGGCUGAUUUUUCUUCUUCCUGUUCCAUACCUUCCUUCUGAUUUUAUUUUCCCUCAUUACCAUGGCCUUUACCCUAAUUCCACUCUUGGGCAGUUUCUCUCUCGAAUGACACGGUCAGGACAGUGUCAUUCAGCUGAAGCCGCCUUACAGCAGCGUCCUUUACCAGUGGUUCUGCUGAAGGCAGGAGCAUAUGUAUUACUACUAUGGUUUUAAAUGUAUCUCUGGAUGCACAUCACAUCUAGUAUUUCUUUUUCAAUACAUACAUACAUGCAUACAUACAUAUAUAUGUAUAAUAUAUAUAUUGUCUUGUCUCACUUGGACUAGGACGGUGGGUGCCCAUUGGCGGUUAAGAGUCAUAUCUUUUGGGUGCAGACUUUCAGCCACAGCUGGAUUGCUCAGAGAAAUGUAUGGAAGUCAGGGUGUGAGGGCACAGGCUGUGAAGAAGUCCUUGCUUCUCCAGUCUGUGUGCUGCGUCCUUCCGCUCUUCCUUGCUUCCGUUUAUUUCUCUUUAGUUUUUCACCCUCUCUUUAAACCACAGAUGCCAAAUGAUACGCCAACAGACACUACAUUCCCCAGCAACUGCUGCCGGAGCCCUCUUGUAGCUUCUUCAUUUUCUGUUUGUUUCUAGCUGUCCUUUGCUCCUAUUUCCCUUUGUGUUUGGGCCAUAAUUUUAAAUUAAUUUUUAUUAUGGGUAUAUGUUGCCAAAGCCAGAUUUUUAUAAGGCAAAAUAAAUUAAGAAUUUAAACAGUUAAAGCCAGUGUCUCAAAAUGUCAGCAUUAAGACAGUGAGGGAGACGACAGCUGGGUGUGAACCAGAAACACACAUUGCCAAACAGUUGCUAACUGAACUGCUCCUUCUCAUGGUCCGUUCUUUUCUUUGCCCUCAAUGUCAGUGCCAGUGUCCAGAUGAGCAGUGUAGAAAAGUACCCUGUGUGGUUUGUCAUGAGCUCUGCUUAUAUCUCUUUAUUGGCACUAGUUUUAUUAGCUCUUUAUGUUCUUUAAGUUUGAGGGGAUCUGCCAAGAACACUAGUUGAUAGUAUUAUCCUGAAACCUUUUAUUUGGGGAGCAAAUAGUGAGCUGGCUUUACCACCUUCAGGAUCUUGAAUUGGUCACUUGAACUUAAGGAAGAUUUGUGAACUUAUUCAAAAGUCACCGCUCAGUGUUCUGUCAAGCAUGUAUUUUUGUGACGAUCAUACUAGGAGAGAUGUUUGGAAUUCUCCACGUGCAAUUUGUCAGCAGAUGCAAACCGUGCCGAGCAUGUAUGAGUGAGCCUGUCAAGCAGCCUGCAUCAGUCAGUAUGUGAUUUAAAUAGAUGGUGAGCACUCUAAGGCUGCGGGGAAGUUAGCCUGAUCUGGUCUCAUUAGCGCUUGGCACUAAUCUCAACUUCCAUGUAAAUCACCUUUCUUGAAUAGCAAAGCUGGGAGAGGGAACAGCUCACUGUAUGAGCACUGAAACUGCUGACUGUAGUCAAGUGUUCUCAUGUGUUACUCCCCGGCUUUUCUAUCCCUUGCUCUAGAAAGCCCCUGUAAUUUAAUUAACAGACUGCCUGUAGGUACAGUGCAAUUACAAAUGCUCUGAUCGUUGUACAUACAUCUCUCUUGAUAUUGCAACAUCCAUACUGGCUUUUAAUCAUUAAUGUUUUGGCAGAUUGAAUGUGCUGUAUUGAUAUGUAUCUAUGUAAUUGUAUUGUAUGUCUUAUAGCUAAUUCACAUUUUGAAUAAUGUUAUUUUAUUUACUUUUUUAAGAGAGGAGAAUGUAAAUUUGUCAGUUUAUUUCUGACUAGGGAUAUUUUUUUCCAUUUAGAAAAGAAGAAAAAAAAAAAACCCUUACUAUCGUACAGAGCGGUACUAGCAUUGUGCUGUCUAAAAUCAUUUGCACAUUCCUGAGUAGAGGUGUGCUGACCUAAGACCCAAAGGUAAUUUCAUAGCAAACAUACAACAUCCGUCAGAGCUUUUAUACAAACACGGAGACCAACUUUGUAGACCUUUUGCCAUUUGACCUGGGGUUGGAAUAUGAGCUUUUAUACGAUUCAUAUUCUUAUUUGGCAAAUGCACAGUUUAGCAUUACCUCUCUGAUGGCCUUUAUUAGAAAGGCAGUUUUAGAAGCUAUUGUGAUCCACUAAGGAAAUGUUUUAUCAGCUAGAGACCACUGCUUGCCUGAAAGGGCAACCUUAAAUUUGGUGCAGCAAAAAAAAAAAAAAAAAAAAAAACAAAAAAAAAAACAAUAACAAAUAAAACAAAAAACAAAACAAAAAAAAAACAAAAAAGACAAAAAAGAAAAAAAAGUAACAUUUGAUGGCCUGCAGUGUACAGAGAAAACCUCAUCCCAGGAUCAUAAGUGUUAACAGUCCUAAGGAACCGAGCUGUUCUGUCUAUUAGAGCUGUAGUGGAUGUAGUUGAACCAUGCUGAUAAUCCAGCUCAGAGCUGCUGAGUACGGCAGAGAGAGGUGGCCACGGCGUCUUUAUGAAUUGAGGAUGCAGCUUGCUGUGCAGAGUUGAAGUCUGUGGCCUCACUGCACAUCCUGGGGUGCAUGACAGGAUCCCUUCUUUUGAGAAAGGAAAACAUUGAUCACCCUAGCUGCAGUGAUGCCUGGACACCUAAUUGUAUCCACACUAGUCAAUGAAGCUAAAAAUAAUUUUGUUGUUGUUUCUUGUUUGGGGUUUUAUUGAAGGGGUGAGGGGCGGGAAGGGCUUCUCAGUUUUGUACAAAAACAAAGUUUACUCAUGCUUUCUCUUCUAUUGUGAUUGCAAGCGUUCCUGUUGUCGAUGCUCUAGGUAAUGGAGGCUUGUGAGGAGUGUUUUGGUGACUUGGGCAUGUCUUAUUCAGAAGCAAAACACAGACCACAGAAACCUUUCCUCAGCAUCCCAAGGCAAGCAGCCGUCUCCCGAGUCACUCAGCACCAGUGUGCCGUUUACAGAUGAUGUCUCCCUUUUGUGUGUGAUGCGGCAGUUCCCACCCACAGAGAAUUCCUAUUUGUAAAUUGGAGGUUUAUACUAUGCCUUACAGAGCUUAAAUUCAGAAGUCUGUGCCUCAUGUCUGAAACAAAGGGAAAACACACGCCCAUGCAAAAGUCAGUCAGUCUUACAGAGCCUGUUGGGUUUUCCUUACUGUUUCCGUAGGAAGAGCUCUGUUGAAUGUCCUGAGUAGCUGGGAGAUUCUUAGGAGCCUGCAUGUGUUGUUUACUGGAGGUGGCAUCCACAGCGAUAUUUAGAGAUAUUUAAAGAACACCCUGGAACUUGGGGGCUCGGGGUUUUGUUUUGUUUUGUUUUGUUUAGAUUACAUUAGCAGGCCUAAUCGUUUUAAAAGGUAAUUCAGCCAAAGGGCAAUUUACUUUUUGUACUUCAGACUUAUAAUGAUUGUCAAGUUGUACGAAUUGUAAUUUAAAAAUUUAUACUGCCACAUGAUUGUAAAUUUUAGUUGUCUUAAGUAGGAAUUGGUGAAAAGCUGUUUAUGCUGGAUUUGGGUCAAAAUGACUUGAUUACUUGCAAAAAAAAUAAAAAUAAUAAUGGGAAGAAAGGGCUGCAUAACAAGACACCGCAAGACUCAGACCCUCAGAUGACCCCAGAUGACCCUCAGAUGACCCCAGCCCCUUUGUUUUCAGUUUCUCAAGAGAACGAAUGAAGUGAAAUAUAGCAGAAUGUUAACCCAUAUAAAAAUAAAGUGUACCCAAAUAUUGUAAUGUAUAUUGCUGCUCUUCUUAAAAUUAAGUAAGGGUCUUAAGCGGUGGUUAGUAACAGCAUCUUAAUUGAUACAAAUAAGGUUAGUUGGGCAUACAUUAAUAUUUUAUUCCAAAGAGAAAUCUUUGGUUAGAAAGACAUACAAAAAUGGAAGCUAACACUGUGUGUUUAUCUGUCCCCCCACACUUCCAGCAUAUGCAGUGUUAAGAGAUGUCCUGGCACUUGUGUCUUUGGGAUUCCAUUUUGGUUCUCGAAAAUUGGGAAAAACAAAUGGCUUGGUUCUGUGUGAUUAGGCCAAGGUUGGGGAAGCUAGACACCUGCCAUUCCACAGAUAACUUGCUGAACGUCUACACUCUGUUUUCCUUGCAGUAAUACUGUUUCCUGCCAUCCCCACGCUUCUGCCACCCUGCAAUAGCACCCUUGCCUCUAGAGCCAUUGGUCCAGAGUAUGCAUGCACACCUGAUGCACAGAAGGUGCUCAGAUAUGUCCUCCCACCUUCCAUAUCUACCACGGAGACGCCAUCACGCCAUAAAAUCUGAACCCAGUGAUGAAUACAUUUACAUGUUAAAAAAAACAGCCACUUGGUAAAAUCAGAUCUUACUUAGAUAAAGGAAUUCUGGCUUUCAUAGAAGCUUCGGUAGUCAGGAAGAAAACGCAGGGAGGAAGAUCAUUCAGCAAGCUGUUUGUAGGGUUAGAAAAGGAAGUAAAAACACUAAGUCUGUCUGGGUCACUUUCAUUGAAACACGUUUCUGGCAGAUUUCCUCAAAGGACUCUAACUGAAGCCUCUGGCCAGACUCUGCAUCCACCCUCAUGAGGAAGACCUGACUAGAUCUGUGUACUUAGGGAGUUUGUCAAAAACAUUUUUAACUUGCAGUAUUUAAAAAAAAUCAUAUUUACUGUUCUUAAAAUGUCAUUCAAAUGCAUGUAUUGUCUAUUGUUUGGGGAUGGGAACUAGUUUUUCAAAAAAAAAAAGGAACACCUAAUGUUGUAUAAUGCCCCGAUGAUCUUACUGGUUAAAAAUACAGUAUUUUCGGCCAUAA